AUGGUCAUCAAUGAUCCAGACUAUUACGAAGUAACAGAAGCUUUAGCGAGGGGGCCCAACUUUGACAUAACUCUGGCGAAUGUAACUGUCGUUGAAGGCCAAAUGGCACUUUUGCCAUGCUACGUCAAUAACCUUGGUCACUACAAGGUUUCAUGGACCUACGAUAACGUCAUAGUGACGUACGAAAAGUACCGCGUCUUGGACGACGUGCGGUUUUCCCUAAUUCACCCGACCCCCAGAAAUUGGGACCUUCAAAUUAGGGAUGUGCUGAGUACCGACUCUGGAGCCUACCGAUGUAUCAUCGGUAUUAAUCCGCCCCUGACAAAAGUUGUUAAUCUCGUUGUUAAAGUGCCGGCGAAAAUACUCGAUACAACAAAACCGUUAGUAAAAGUUUCGGAAUUCGCGACGGCCAUCUUGGAAUGUGACGUCACCGGAUAUCCUCGUCCCCACGUGACCUGGACUAGAGUUGUGCCGCAUAAAUUUUGUGACGCGUCUUUUAUAAAUGGUACAUCCCUAAUUUUGAGGAACGUCAGCAGGAUGUGCGGUGGAGUGUACGAGUGUAAAGCCGACAACAGUAUUAAGAUGGCCGCCACAAAGGAUGUCUUGUUGAUUGUUGAAUACCCUCCAAAAAUUAAUAUACGAACGAAGCGUUUGAAACAGGCAGUGGGGAUGGACACGAUUAUCGAAUGUUCGGUCGAUUCGAAUCCUAGAGGUGCCAUCUUCUGGAGGAAGUUCAACGGCGACGUGUUUAGCUACCUCGGUAAUCAAGUAUCCGACCAAUACGAUGACGUCAUCCUCAACAGCGACAACAAUAAUAAUGACAUCAACAACAAGCGUUUCGAUGAUUAUGACGGUUUCAACAACGAUUUUAAGAGUUUAAGAAGCGAUUUUCGAAGCUUUACUCGUCAAAACGUCAUCAACAACAUCAGCAACGACAAUAUCAACAACAUCAACAACUACUUAACUACAAACUACAAUUCGAAUAGUAAUGAUAAUCGCGAUUCAAAUCACGAAUCUUCGCGGUACUUCGUCGAUAUUUACGAAAAUACCGAAGUUGACGUCACAAAUGUCGAGGAUGACGUCAUGGAUGAUGUCACCGCUAGCAGGGAGAAGAUUAUAUUGAGUCUUCGGAUCGAAAAUUUACGGAUUAGUGAUUUCGGGAUUUACACGUGCGUCGCCAUCAACAAUCAUGGAAGGGACGAUUUAGAGAUGGAAUUGUUGGAAUAUAAAAUUCCAAAAUUAAUAGCCCCAACUGGAGAAACUGUUCUGAUAAAGCAGGUGCACAUUUACCAUGGCAGAAAUGCUAAAGCUCAGCAAAACGUGGAUGAACCACGGAAAUUAGGCAGAAAUGGUACAAGAGUUGUAAAAAAAAAACUUGCUUGUGAGGAUGUACAUCGUUCUUGCAGUUCUUUGUUCAAAGCUCGGGACUGCUACUUUGAUGAUCUCGAAACCUACUGCUGCCUUAGUUGUAAAAAAUUUCUCAGGCCCGAUCUAGGGCAUGCCUGCAGAUAUGGGGACAAAGAGAAAUGGUGUAUGGAGAGGAUUGAAUUUAUAAAAGGUUGCCAUAUUCAUGAUGAGGAUUACAUGCUGGCAAGCUGCUGCGAAUCAUGUCCCGCCUACAAGUGUGUGUGA